ACACACUCUAUCCACAUACAUUACGAAAAAGACGAACUAUUUAUAGAGAAAAAAAAAUCUAGUUUUUAGUUAUAAGGGUAAAACAUGGAGUUUAAGUAAAUGUUAAGAGGAAUGAAAUCUGUGUAUUCCCCCCGGAAGGCUUUAGAUGUAAAACCGCGAGGAUUAAUGGCUGAAUUCAGUGUAUGGUUUUGUUUUUAUUGUUUACAAUUUUUUUUAAUUUUCCUGCUCUGGUGGUAAAACGUCAUAAUUCCUUGACAACACAUAUUCAAGUAUUGUUUCAUGAGUAUAUUAAUAAGAGAGCCGCGUUUUAUAAUCACAACAUAUACAAUGUCGAUAGUUUGGGUUCAUUAUUUUCGCAGUGCAUAAAUUGCUAUUCGUUUUGAGUGUGUUUUACUGUUGUAGUGUAUCGUUUAUCAGGCAGGUAGGAAGGAACACUGUUCCAUAUAUUAACCUAACUGGUAUUUGUAAUAAUGGCAACUGUCAGCUAACUUUUAAAACAAUUGGCCAAUAUGUUCAGUGUAGAAAUACGUAUUUUGUUCUCAGUUCGUGUGAAUAGGCUAUUCGGAAGAGUUUGAAUUUGUAUUGAUAUUUAGCCGCUGUAUUCCCAUCUCGUUUUCAUAUUAUGGUAAUUGGGGGGGGGGGGUAGAUAUAUAUAUGGUGUAAAUAUCCCACCACCUUAAUUUCGCGUGUUUUACACUUUCUUGCCGUGGUGAGCGAAGUCGGAGUUGUUUCAGCCCAUUGCUUUUUAAAUCUCCCUGUAAUAUUACAUGAUGUACUACCUGUAAAUGUACACGUUAAGCAGGUAAAAGGCAUUUUACGUAUUUGCAUACAAUCGGGAAGCACAUUUAUUUUGACGAAUUGCAUAAAAAAAAGGCUAUGCAGUUUUUCUAGGAAUUGUAAAGGCAGUGGUUUUUCACGUUGUUGUUCCUCAGAGAUGACACCGUUGAUCAGCUUGGUGCUGGAUUUAAACCCGCUGCUGCGGCGUUUUGCGGAUUUCGCAGAUUGAGCCGGGGAGAGAAAGGCAAAGCAUGAUGCGGGUUCUGUAAUGAACUGUGAAUCUCCAGUCAAGAGCAAAGCUUUAGGAGUGAAAGAUGUUUGGUGUGGCGCAGUCCUCCAAGUCCCAGUUCCUGGACAAGGCCAGGCAGGCUCGCGAGGAGAGGAAGGGGCAGCGGGAGAGGGAGAGAGCUGCCACACAGAUACAGGCUCUCAUCCGACGCUACCUCUGCCGCUGCCAACUCCAGAAGAAAAUCAGGAGGGAGGUUGAUGAAUUCUUUGAUGGCUGCGAUGCUGGAUCUUCUAAAAGAAACGCACUUUCAAUUUUUAAAAUUGCAAGAAAAUUAUUAUUUAUAUUCAUAAUGAAAGAAGAUAAGUUGAGGUUUGAAAAACUGUGCCGCUGCAUCCUUGGGAGCAUGGAGGUGGAGAAUGGACACAAGGUGUGGUAUGUGUCCUUAGCACUUUCGAAAGACCUCACCCUUCUGUGGAUAAAACAGGUAAAGGACAUCCUCUGGGUAUCCUGUGAGUUCCUGAAAAAGCUAAAGCCGGACAUCCUGCAAGACAACAAGAUGGUGACCCUGUACCUCAGCAUGCUGGUGACCUUCACAGACACAAGCACGUGGAAGAUUCUCCGGGUGAAGGGAGAUGCCCUGCGGCCAGCCCUGAACCGGAUUUGUGAGAACAUUAUGGGCCAACUCAAUCAAAAGGGAUUUUAUACUAUACUGCAGAUUUUGUUAACAAACGGACUGGCGAGAUCCAGACCCUCUCUUUCGAAAGCCACUUUAACUGCCAUCUUUACUUUGGCGCUACGGCCUGUUAUUGCUGCUCACUUCUCUGAUAACCUGUUGAGAUCCUUGCUGAUCAACAUCAUGUCUGUCCCAGCCAUCGUCUCGCACCUCCACACUCUUACACCAGAGUGCAUAGCCAUGAUCCAGGCUCACGACCUCCUGCGGAAGUUCAUCCUGUUUCUGAGCAGGGAGGAGCAGUGCAGUGAUAUCUGUGUGUGCCUGGAAGGGAGCCACACGCUGUGCCUGCUGGGGAACCUGAUCCACCUGGGCUACCUGACUGAGAAGGUGCUGGAGGACGAAGCCAACCACUUUGUGAGGGACCUGACCGACAUGCUGUCCUACUGCCAGAGAUACGUCUCCCAGAAGAAGUCCAACCUCACCCACUGGCACCCUGUUCUGGGCUGGUUCUCCCAGACUGUCGACUACGGUUUGAAUGAGUCAAUGCCUUUGGUCACCAAGCAGCUGCAGUACCUGUGGGGGGUCACUGUGAUCCGAACGCUCUUCAGCGAUGUGCUGAGCAAGAAGCUGGAGAACCAGGAGCCUGCUCAGUCAGGCGCUCAGUCAUUGACACAGCAGACCAACCUACCCGUGAAGAGUCUCUUCAAGCGCGCGUUCCAGAAGUCGGCCUCGGUGCGUAACAUCCUGAAGCCGGUGGGGGGGAGGCGUGUGGACUCGGUGGAGGUGCGCAAGGUGUGCAGUAUCUGUGUGCUGUACCAGACCGCCCUCACCACGCUCACACAGAUCAGACUGCAGAUCCUUACAGGGCUGACUUACCUGGACGACCUGCUCCCCAAGCUCUGGGCCUUUAUCUGUGAGCUGGGACCCCAGGGAGGGCUCAAGCUUUUCAUGGAGUGCCUGAACAAUGACACCGAGGAGUCCAAGAGGCUCCUGGCCAUGCUCAUGCUGUUCUGUGACUGCUCCAGGCACCUCAUCACGAUCCUGGAUGACAUAGAGGUGUAUGAAGAGCAGGUUUCCUUUAAAACAGAAGAGCUGGUCACCAUCUCCUCCUUCCUCAACACCUUUGUGUAUAAAAUGAUCUGGGACGGAAUCCUGGAGAAUGCGAAAGGGGAGACCCUGGAUCUCUUCCACUCGGUUCACGGCUGGCUGAUGGUGCUGUACGAGCGGGACUGCCGGCGGAGGUUUGCACCGGACGAUCACUGGCUGCGCAAAGACCUGAAGCCAAGCCUCCUGUUCCAGGAGUUAGAUAAGGGAAAGAGGAGAGCCCAGCUGUUACUGCAGUACAUCCCACACGUCAUUCCUCAUAAAAACAGAGUCCUGCUGUUCCGCAACAUUGUAACGAAGGAGAAGGAGUCUCUGGGAUUGGUGGAGACGAAUUCGGCCUCGCCUCACGUCACCCACAUUACCAUCCGGCGCUCCCGCAUGCUGGAGGACGGCUAUGAUCAGCUGCGCCGGCUGCCCGUCAACUCCAUCAAGGGUGUGAUCCGGGUGAAGUUCGUGAAUGACCUGGGGGUGGACGAGGCUGGCAUCGACCAGGACGGAGUCUUCAAGGAGUUUCUAGAGGAGAUCAUCAAGAAAGUGUUUAACCCUGCGCUCAACCUCUUCAGGACGACCAGCGGUGAUGAAAGACUCUACCCCUCGCCCACCUCCUACAUCCACGAGAAUCACCUGCAGCUUUUUGAGUUCGUGGGCAAGAUGCUGGGAAAAGCCAUCUACGAGGGGAUCGUGGUGGACGUGCCUUUUGCUUCCUUUUUCUUGAGCCAAGUCCUCGGACACCAUCACAGCACCUUCUACAGCUCCAUCGACGAGCUGCCAUCGCUGGACUCCGAGUUUUACAAGAACCUCACGUCGAUUAAGCGCUACGACGGGGACGUUGGCGACCUUGGUCUGACCUUGUCUUACGAUGAAGAUGUCAUGGGGCAGCUGGUUUGCCAUGAGCUAAUUCCAGGAGGAAAGACCAUGCUGGUUACCAAUGAGAACAAGAUCAGCUACAUCCAUCUGAUGGCUCACUUCCGAAUGCACACGCAGAUUAAAGAGCCGACCACGGCCUUUAUCCGCGGCUUCCGCUGCAUCAUCAACCCCGAGUGGCUGCACGUGUUCUCCACGCCCGAGGUGCAGAGGCUCGUCUCCGGGGACAACGCCGAGAUCGACCUGGAGGACCUCAAAAAGCACACUGUGUACUACGGCGGUUUUCACAGCAGUCAUCGGGUGAUUAUCUGGCUGUGGGACAUUAUGGCGAACGACUUCACUUCUGAUGAGAGAGCCAUGUUUCUCAAGUUUGUCACCAGCUGCUCCAGACCUCCACUCCUGGGUUUCGCCUACCUCAAACCCCCCUUCUCUAUCCGCUGUGUGGAGGUGUCCGAUGAUCAGGACACAGGAGACACGCUGGGCAGUGUCCUCAGGGGUUUCUUCACCAUCCGCAAGAAGGAGCCGGGAGGGCGGCUCCCUACCUCCUCCACCUGCUUCAACCUGCUCAAGCUGCCUAACUACAGCAAGAAAAGCAUCCUGCGGGACAAACUGCGCUACGCCAUCAGCAUGAACACAGGCUUCGAGCUGUCCUAGUGCACAGCCCAGGGCGAGAGCAGAGGAGAGGAGGGCAGGGCGGGGCAAGAGCCAAACAGCACUCCCCCAUCACAGUCCAGCAAAUACCAGCCUCUUGAAAGCCAUUGUAAAGCCCUGGAGAUGGGUCUUCUAUACUUCUGAAGCAGCAGCCACCCUUGGAAAAUCUUGGCUUGUGUUGCCAUUGAGGCAGAUUUUUAGCUGGAGCCGUGUGAACCCCUUUUUCUUGUGCCCCCCCCCCCCCCCCAAAAAAAAAGCUGAAUUAAGUAAAUGAAAGCGAUUGGUUAUUAAUUCCAGUCUUUUGACUCUGUAAACAUCAAGGCUUUUGUUCAGCGCGGAUCAGAAUACACCCUCACUCUCACACUGCUUAUCCGAAGACUCAGAGGGGGGCUGCAAGGAGUGCUGUAGUUUAUGAGCACCGGAAAGCAACGCAGACGUAUUCUGGUUGAAGCAAAAGCCCUGUCAUUUAGAGGCCUCAGUAGACUGCAGUUGCGAACCACUGGUUUUUAUUUUUAAACAAAGCAAGUGCGAUUUGGGUGAAAUGAAUGAAUGGACUUUGUUUUUUUUUUAAUGAAGUGUAUGUCUCCUUUGUUGUGUAACCCCUCCCCCAUAGAAGGACUCAUUAUUUAAAAUAAUGACCUCAGCCCCACUCCCCUAUACAUUACACUACUUUGAAACUCCAGUACGGUGCUGAUUGAUUGGGUGCUUGUAUCACUCUUCAGAUCUCAUUGCACCUCUUCCCUUGUCGUGGAUGUCUGUGUGACUGAAUGAUGUAUGUCUUCUAUCUGGAUGUGAAGAGAGUUCUUCCGAGCAAUCCAUUGGGGUGCUUCCCUAUUCUUUUGGAUUUAUUUUUAUCGAUCGGUUCAGUUCAUCUCAAAAUCCACAAGCCAACAAACUGACAAAACACACACAAGACAGGUGCUGGAUUCAAAUAAUCUAACUGUAUUGUUCUAGCAUUGUGGAGUUCUCAUCUUUGCUUAUAUUGCAUAGAUUCUUUUUUUCAUUAUUUAUAAAACAAUUAAUUUAAAAAAAAAAAUUAAUAAUAAUAAUAAUAAUAAUAAUAAUAAUAAUAAUAAUAACCUAGAGCAAGUCGUAUUUUACAUAAUUGACAAAGCCGCACAUUGUGCACUGUAGGAACCAAAUUGCAUUGGUUCAUGCAGCAGUGGGGAAGCAAUUUCUAGCUGCCCUGAACCUGUUAACUAUCCUGACUGACCUCAGUAAGGGAACGAGUUUAUUAGUAAAUCAUUAAAACUGGCAACAUUCAUUCAAAAAUAGGAACGCACAGCAAGCUAAGAAAACAAGAAUGACAUUGUUAGAACUUACUUUCAUACAUUCAUGAUCAGUUUUAAAUGUGCUAGUUGUGCUGUCAUUAUGUUUUUUUUGUGUUUUUUUUGUAAUAUUACAAUCCUGUGCAUGUUUCCAGUAUCUCAGUAUUAUUGAAUGUUACAACCAUGGAAGGUUUCCUGUGCCUCUAGAGCAGCUGGGAUUGCACUCCAGGACCACAGUUAUCCCUGUUCCAGAUAGCCCUAACUGCACUCUCUAGGAAUAUAGAGACACCCAAAUGGAAGAGCACCCAAUUGUGAAAGUUCCAGAACUGACCUUUCCAUGAAGAUGUGACCCAAUGAAACUGGAUGUGUACAAGAGCUUAACAGACAAACUUUAUAGUGUGGAGUAUCAGUGAGAUGUGAUUAAAUGCACAGGAGAUACGCACACAUCACUGGAAAGCUCUUGGACUGAGAAGUGCAGCUGAUCUGAACAGCAAGAUUGUUAUAACAGAGGGUAUGAAACUGAUCCAUUUCUUCCCUGUGUUUAUCAUUUUGGCGUCAACAGUUUCCUAGUGUAUUUCAGGAUACCAACUCCAGGUUGGAGCCAUCCUAUUUAUACCUUGCUGAAGCCAAGAUGGGCUUCAGUUUCAUACUAAGCCUAAUCUUCUACCACAAAGGAGGCAUGAGGCAGUGGUUGUUUGUGAGAAAGGACUUCCCUGUGUCUUCUUCAAAGCAACGUUCACGUUCUCCAUUGAACUAAAACAUGUGUUCCUAAUAUUGAUGAUAAAGGACUUGGCCACUUUGUACUAGUGCUGUGAGGGAAACCUUCCUCGCAGCAUUGAAGGAUGUGCCCCUGUGAAAAUGCUGCAUUCUCUUUCUGGAUGUCAUGCACUAGCACUUAAAGGUGCCUGCUGCAUGCUGGUAGUUCUAGAGCCUUGUUGCCCAGCAACUGGGCUUUCUGCAAUGUCUGUGCAAAGUACCCAAGUGAUUUCUAACCCUUCCUGCAUAUAGAGUACAGUAUACAUCUUGUUUGUCUCCUCUGAUUCCAUUGUUUUACCCCAGCUGCUGGUUCCAUUACGCUGUCGGAAGUUUAAUUGGUGUAAUUUUUUUUUUGACGGAACCAAGCCAUAAUCUGGGUAACUCCAGUGGGAAUAGAAAACAGGCCCAGUGCACUGCAAUGCUGUUGAGAGAAUGCUGUUGGUCCUCUGCAGUAGAUCAGGUGUUGGUGUGCUAUUACAUGCAACCCCCUGCAUGAACUUUGCAUUGAAAAGCACACAGUCACUGGCUCGCUGUUUGGAUUGGGGAGGUGGGAAGGCAAUUCAAUUGACCUUGCAUUGCAUUCCCACCCAGCUCUAAACCCCCCCGUCCACUGCAAACAGAUCGAUGCAUCUCAGCUGUGCUGUGUUUCAGUGGAAGUGCUCAGUCACAUCAGACCUGUGUGUAGAAAUGUGUGUUUUUUUUUAAAAGACUCUUUGUAUUGACUGCAUCACAGUGCCACGGAGAAGCUUUUCUCUUGAUUGGUUUUGCAGGAUCGUUUUUGCACUUUUGAGAGUGCAGAGUGCAGCUGUUUAAUGGCAGUUGUUCUUCAAAAAGAACAUCAACAUGUAAGCAAUAGACACCAUUAUCACAGCCAGACGUGUGUUAAUAUGCAAACUGUGCACUGAACGUCCAUAACGCAUUCUGUGUGUUAGGGUUUGGGGGGGAGCAUUGUUGGAUGUGUUUGAUCAUGUUUUGGGGUACCUUUCUGGGGAAUCCCCACCGACCCCAGUGAUUUGGGGGGCUCUGCAUGCAUGAUUGUGAGUGAGGUUUGUAAGAGACGGGAGACGCAUUGUUUUUAAUUUAAGCAGUCCCCUGGAGGUCCUCUAGGACAUUCGGAGUCCCCUGUGUGCAAGUUUUAUUUAUUAUUAUUUUUUUGAUCCCCUGCAAUUUAUCUUCCUAAAUGAGUCUUCACAGGUAAAUGCAAAGUAGUGUGAUCUUUGGGCAUUUUGUCUUGCAAGACUGCAAACCGACCCCUUCACUUUCCCCUCUUGUGCACCCUCUUUUUACAAUUCCUAAAAAAAACCCAGACAUUUUAACACUUCAACCAAGCUAGCAUCCCUCUUUUAUACAGUGUCAUUAAAAACGUUGCACUAUGUGAAUUGCUAGUAGUUUAAAUAAUGCAAUUUCAAUGUAAACAUUUUGAUUAAUGUGUAUAACCCAUGUGUAUAACCCCCCAUAAAUAAAAAUGUUACUGCUGUAAAA